AUGACCACGGCGGCUCUGACAGCUGGACUGGAGCGUAUCCCGGACCAGCUCGGCUACUUGGUUAUCAGUGAGGACGGAGUUCUAGCUUCUGCAGGUGAGCUUGAGAAUGACGAACACACAGCUAGUGUGAUGAUGCAGAUGGUGCGAACAGCAAGCCGCUUUAUGCUCUCGGGAUCAGUGGAUGUUCCCUUUAAACGCAUGUCAGUGAUCAUGGAUGACUUUGUUUACACAGUGACCGUUUCUGCUCAGAAAGUUUUUGUGGUCAAACGGCAACAAAACCAGCGAGAACCAGUCAAUUUGCAUCAUUACUACGCAAUAUUUAAGUUGUGUUUAGCAGAAUUAAGCUCCUGCGUUACACUGACACCAUCUACAAGCUUUGAUGGUGUCACCAGCUGA